AUGGGUAACGAAGAUGGUAACGUCCCAAACGUGGGUCAAGCACCGACGUACGUUGAAUUGUUCAAUCAGGUAACGCUGUUGCGUGAGCAAAUUCAGCAAUUGAUGGGACGUGAGCAGGUUAGUUGGCCAGCGACUCCUGUAAGGGAUUUUCGAGUGUUUCCUAAUCUGAAUCAGUCCGUUAGUGUUUUCAACGGAAGAGAGUCGACUCAAGAGGCGAAAGUGUGGCUCGACACAAUAAGAGGCAUCGCUGAUCUGAACGGAUGGAUCUUUAAUUACCGGAUACAGUAUGUGCGUUCACUUUUGGCUGGAGCGGCGCUAAACUGGUAUACCGGACGAGAGUUUGAUAAUUGGAGUGCUUUCGAAACCCAAUUCAAACGAGUAUUCAUACGAGAAUUACGGACGUCGGAUAAGUGA